ACAAUGAAAAUGAUUAUCAAUGAACGCUGACGAUUGACGGUUGAUAUAUAAUCUUUCUCGUGUUAUUUCUUUAUUGUAGUUAGUUUGUAGUACGAAAAUCAUAAUACGGGUUGCUACUUUGAUAAAUCAUAAUAAAAGAAGGAUUCAGUUUGAAUAAAUCCGAAAAAUAUGUCAAAUUGGCGAUCGAGUCAUGCGACGGAGCGACGAGAUACGUAUAAAAAUAACAGAGAAAACAGGCGUGAUAGGAGUAACGAGACUUAUAGAGAUAGAUCGCAGAGAAGCAGAGACAGAGAUCACAGAAGUGGUAGACGCGAUUAUUCCAGGAGAGAUGAUGAGAAGCAGAAUGACAAGAGGAAGCACGAGAGAUCACCGUUGAGGAGGGAGAAUAGUCAUCCCAGGCACAGAGAACGUAAUGAGAGGAGCAGAAGUAGAGACAGAAGAGAUGAUUCCAGCAGAAGACGCAAUGAUCAACAUAAGCAAAAGCGAAGUCCAGAGGAGACAAGAAUGAAGAGGGAAUCCUCUGCAGAAUGGGGAAAAUCGACUGUGAAGGAGGAGAAAGAAAAGCCCAACUUCGAGCUGUCAGGAAAAUUGACAGAGGACAUGAAUACUGUCAAUGGAGUAGUUAUAAAAUAUUCUGAGCCUCUAGACGCCAAAAAACCCAAGCGUCGAUGGAGAUUGUAUCCCUUCAAAGGCGAGAAGGCGUUACCUACAUUGUACAUACAUCGGCAAUCAGCGUAUCUUAUGGGCAGAGAUCGCAAAGUAGCUGAUAUACCUUUAGAUCAUCCUUCAUGUUCCAAGCAACAUGCUGCUCUGCAAUAUCGUUUAGUCUCUUAUCAAAAAGAAGGUGGUGUUGAGGGUAGAAGAAUACGACCAUAUAUUAUUGAUUUAGAGUCCGCAAAUGGUACCUUUGUAAAUAAUGUAAAAUUAGAACCAAGGAGAUAUCAUGAAUUAUUAGAAAAGGAUGUAGUACGGUUUGGCUUUAGUACCAGGGAAUAUGUUCUGUUACAUGAACAUAGUAAGGACGAUUCCUUUGAUGAUGAUGUACCUCUUACAAAUGAGACUUAGAAACCUAAUUCUAAUAAGAAAAACACUCAGAUAUGAAUAUGUAUGAAGACUGAUGCAGAAAUUAAGCUGAGAACCAGGAGAAGCAAGAUGUAUGUGAAAAAGGAAAUCCAAUGUAUGUAGAUACAUAUUUAGAUACAGUCUUAUUAAUAAUCUUUUGAAUAUCUUCAGAAUUAUUUUGAAUGCAUAUUAAUAUUAUUCAUGU